CCACCCUUUUCUAUCACAGAGUGAUUUCAGAAUAUAACAGAUGUGCAUCACAUGGUUACUAAGUUUAUUGUGGGGAUUAUAAACUGUGACGUACAACGAAGGAAAACAACUUUAUAAAUUGCAAUUUGAGGUUAUGUUUUUUUGAUAUUUGAUAUAUAAUAAAAUGAACGUCAGUAAUGACAAUAAUGAAGAAUAUGAAGGAGCGAAGGACGUACAAGGGGGCAGCGGGAACAACUGUACAAACGAUAACACAACCUUAACAGUAUCCCAAAAGGCAAGAAUUGAGAGAAAUAGACAAACUGCAUUACUUUUAAAACAAGCUAGGCUUAUACCCCAUCCUUAUGCUAAAAUAAAUACGGCCGAUUCUGUAGAGAAGAGUGUGAUUAAGGUCCAGGGCAGUAAGUUCAUAGACACUGGUGGUGGAUUUUUACUGGAGGAGAAAGUGGGAGAUGAUGAGGAUGAUGAACCGAUCAAGCUCACAGCUGAACCAGCACCUGUCAUUGAACCAGACCGACCUAUUUGCAAAGAGUGCAAGGAAGAGUUUGAUGAUUCCUACCUCUUCCAGAACUUUGAUCAUCCAGUGUGUGAUAGCUGCAGGGACAAUGAAGAGAAGCAUCAGCUCAUUACAAAAACAGAUGCUAAGAAUGUGUAUCUGCUGAAAGACUGUGACCUGGAGAAGCGAGAUCCACCACUCAAGUUUAUCAUGAAGAAGAAUCCUCAUAACGUGCGCUGGGGAAGCAUGAAGCUGUACCUCGAACUGCAGGUGGAACGCCGUGCACUGGAGGUAUGGGGAUCAGAAGAGCAGCUCGAGGCUGAACAGGAACGGAGGGAGGAAGAACGGGCAAAAUCCAAAAUUAAGAAAUACAACAAGCAGCUGAAAGCUUUGCGUAUGUCAGUACGAAGCAGUCUCUAUGAUCGCACUAAUAAAUCAUCACACGAGCAUCAGUUUGGACCAGAGACUUACAACAAAGCUGAUGAUACAUACACUCAUACGUGCAUUACUUGUGACUAUGCAGAAACAUAUGAGAAGAUGUGAGGGGCAGUUGAUUGGAUCAGAUGUUAUGCUGUGAGUUUACAGGGAAUGAACACGAAGAUGCAGUCAUUGUGUGAUGUCAGCUCCACACAGUGAAUGAGAUACUCUGUUAUUUACAGAUGAGUAGGGCUUGAGUACAGGAGCAUCUGCAUAGUUCAGUGUUUUUUUUUUUUCGUUUUCUGCUGGUGGUGGUAGUGCUUUAGCCCUCCUCCAUAAAUGAUGAAUAUUUUAAGCAAAGCAUAAAUGUAGAAAACUCGAUGUUAUAAAAAUAAAAGCAUUUGUUGUGAUAAA